AUGUCGAAGACGUUCCCGCAGCUGCUCGCGCGCAGCCGGUUCGCGAGCUACGAUCCGGCCAUUUCGCGCGUCUACACGGCGCCGCACCGAAACGUGACGCGUGGCGACUUUGGCUUCAAGUUUCCCAUUUUCCGCCCCAGCAAUGCGCGCUUCCUCGAAAUGAGGCAACUGGACGGCGGUCCCGGUCUUCGGGCCGAUUGGCGGAGUGCGGAGAAAGAGGCGCGCUUCGUGGCCCAGUGGGGAGACGGACGCACGCCGUGGCGGUCUCCGUCCACUUCGCGCCGUCAUGUCGUCAAGAACCCCCUCCUGGCCGAGACUAGCGCGACGGAAGAGGUGACCGAGCUCAUGCCGAACGUGGACGCUAUGACGAACUCGGAGUUUGAGCGAUACUUGGCCGGAUUGAGGAGACGGAGGGCCCAGUUCCAGGAGGCUAUCAAGGCUAGCUUGCCCGAGGGCACCGAGACGCUCGCCGAGGCCUCUGCGCGCGGUGCGGUGCGCGAGCAGGCCAUCACGGGCUUCCAGGCCGAUCUCCUCAAACAACAGGUCGAGGCGCCGGGCUCGACGCGCGUGAUGGCGAAACCGCACAAGAUUGGCGGUCUCGCGUACUCUGCCGCCCCCGCGGCGGGAGCCAGCCUGGACCCGCAGCGCGUGCACGUCGGCCGCGUGCUGGACCAAGCGCCGCGCGGCGCCGGCAGCUUUAGGGGCAUCGACGGCGUCAAUGCCGAAUGGGUCGUGGGCCUCGGCGGCAUCACGGCCACGGGUAACUCUGGCACGGUGCGCGUCACAGACCGCCCGACGCUGAGCAAGUUCGACUACACGCGCGAACGCAAACAUGCCGGUCUCGCGCGCUUUGCCGUCCGCGAGGCCGCACUCCACCGCCCCCCGCGCGUACUUGGCACGAAUCAGCGCGCCAACGUCGAGCCGUUCACGAACCGCUCCACUGAGGCUCGCAGGAUCCAGCCGUUCGACUCGAUGCGCUUCGAGGUCCGCGUGCGCGAGAUGGAGCCCGAGAGGCCCGGAGAGGCAGAGUGGGUCGCCCGCGACACUAAGGCUACGGCGGCCGUCGGUGCGGGAGGUCUCGGCCUGCUCGGAGGGAACAGGAAGGAGAGGAGCGCGAGCGAGAGUCAUCAGGCUGCCCGUCGGAUCAACUCCAAGAUCCAGGGUGACACUAUUGACUCUAUCCUCGCUAGAAUCAUUCAGAACGAUAGCAAGUAG